UUAUAAGAACAAAGACUCAAAGUGAAAGUAACUUUUGGGGAAAAGUUGAAGUGGCUGAGCUGUCUGUCUGCUGUGUUUCCAACUUCACUCGGAGACCAAAUGGCUUCCAGAUCAGAGGAGGAUCUCUGCUGUCCGGUCUGUCAAGACGUCUUCAGAGAUCCUGUUGUUCUGGUGUGUAGCCACAGCUUCUGUAAGGACUGUCUGGAGAGCUGCUGGAGAGAGAAACCAGUGAAAAAGUGUCCAGUUUGUAGGAAAAGAUCCUCGUCUAACCCACAUGUUAGCCUGGUGUUGAAGAACCUGUGUGAGGCCUUCAUACAGGAGAGAGAUCAGAGAUCUUCAGAGGCUCUCUGCAGUCUGCACUCUGAGAAACUCAAACUCUUCUGUCUGGACCAUCAGCAGCCGGUGUGUGUCGUCUGCAGAGAUUCAGAAACACACAUCAACCACAGAUUCAGACCCAUCGAUGAAGCUGCACGACAACAUAAGAAGGACCUUCAGGAAACUCUGGAGCCCUUAAAGGAGAAGUUAAAGGGUUUUGAACAAGUUAAAGUGAACUGUGAUCAAACAGCAGAACACAUAAAGGUCCAGGCCCGACACACAGAGACACAGAUUAGGAACCAAUUUAAGAAGUUUCACCAGUUUCUAGAAGAGGAAGAGGUGGACAGGUUGGCUGAUCUGUGGGAGGAAGAGGAGCAGAAGCUGAGCUUCAACAUCUGGAACAAGAUGAAGGACGAGGUCUCCUACACUCCUGUGAUUCUGGACCCAAACACUGCUGAUCCAGGACUCGUCCUGUCUGAAGAUCUGACCAGUGUGAGACGAAGAGAGAGACAGCAGCUUCCUAAUAAUCCAGAGAGGUUUGAUUAUUACUACCUCUCUGUCCUGGGCUCUGAGGGCUUUAACUCAGGGACUCACAGCUGGGAUGUCGAGGUUGGAGACAAUGCACUCUGGGAACUGGGUGUGUUAGCAGAGUCUGUCCAGAGGAGGGAAGACAUUCAGUCUGGAAUAUGGAGCAUAGUGUUCGAUGAAGGUAAAUACUCAGCACAUUCCCCACCAGAUCCAGACACUGUUCUCGUAGUGCAGAAGAAGCCCCGGUGGGUCCGAGUGACUCUGGACUGGAACAGAGGAAAGCUGUCGUUCUAUGAUCUUGAUACUAACACACUCAUACACACCUUCACACACACUUUCACUGAGAGGCUGUUUCCAUUGAUUGACACUAGGGGGGAAGUGAAGGUUUUACCACUGAAGGUCUGUGUGACUGUAGAACAGAAAUAG